CCGAUCCUGAGCAGAAAGCCGACCAAGCCCUAGGGGUCCGCCGCCUGCGUGGACGACUGCAGAGCCCAGCCGCCAUGAGUGAGAUUCCUAAGGACUCCUUGAAGGCCAUUCUGUUGGAGUUAGAAUGUCACUUUACAUGGAAUUUACUUAAGGAAGACAUUGAUCUGUUUGAUGUGGAAGAUACAAUUGGGCAACAGCUUGAAUUUCUUACCACAAAAUCCAGACUCACUCUUUAUAACUUACUGGCCUAUGUGAAACACCUAAAAGGCCAAAAUAAAGAUGCCCUAGAGUGCUUGGAACAAGCAGAAGAAAUAAUCCAGAGGGAACACUCAGACAAAGAAGAAGUACGAAGUCUGGUCACUUGGGGAAACUACGCCUGGGUGUAUUACCACAUGGACCAGCUUAAAGAAGCUCAGAAGUAUACAGACAAGGUAGAAAAUGUCUGUAAAAAAAUGUCCAGUCCUUUUAACUACAAAUUGGAGUGUCCUGAGAUUGACUGUGAGAAAGGGUGGGCACUCCUGAAAUUUGGGGGAAAGUAUUACCAAAAGGCUAAAACAGCUUUUGAGAAGGCUCUGGAAGUGGAACCAGACAAUCCAGAAUUUAACAUCGGCUAUGCCAUUACAGUGUAUCGGCUGGAUGAUUCUGACAGAGAAGGUUCUAUAAAGAGCUUCUCUCUGGGCCCUCUGAGGAAGGCUGUUACCCUGAACCCAGAUAACACCUACAUUAAGGUUUUUCUGGCACUGAAGCUUCAAGAUGUACAUGCAGAAGCUGAAGGGGAAAAGUAUAUUGAGGAAAUCCUGGACCAGAUAUCAUCCGAACCUUAUGUCCUUCGUUAUGCAGCCAAAUUCUACAGGAGAAAAAAUUCCUGGGACAAAGCUCUUGAACUUUUGAAAAAGGCCUUGGAGGUGACACCAACCUCUUCUUUCCUGCAUCACCAAAUGGGACUUUGUUAUAGGGCACAAAUGAUCCAAAUCAAGAAGGCCACGCGCAACAGACCUAAAGGCAAAGAUAAACUGAAAGUUGAUGGGCUGAUUACAUCUGCUAUAUUUCAUUUCAAGGCAGCUGUGGAACGAGACUCUAUGUUUGCAUUUGCCUACACAGACCUGGCCAACAUGUAUGCUGAGGGAGGCCAGUAUAGCAACGCUGAAGACAUUUUCCAGAAAGCCCUUCGUCUGGAGAACAUUACUGAUGAUCACAAACAUCAGAUCCACUACCACUAUGGCCGCUUUCAGGAAUUUCACCGUAAAUCAGAAAAUACUGCCAUCCACCAUUACUUAGAAGCCUUAAAGGUCAAAGACAGGUCAUCCCUACGUACCAAACUGACAAGUGCUCUGAAGAAAUUGGCUACCAAGAGACUUGGUCACAAUGCUUCUGAUGUGCAGAGUUUGAGUGCCCUAGGGUUUGUUUACAAGCUGGAGGGAGAAAAGAGGCAAGCUGCUGAGUACUAUGAGAGGGCCCAAAAGAUAGAUCCAGAAAAUGCAGAAUUUCUUACUGCUCUCUGUGAGCUUCGACUUUCCAUUUAACUACAUACUAUAGGAAAUCAAUUUUAAAGCUCUUCUAUUUUGGGUUCUUAUAUUUUUGUUUAUUGUUUUAAUCCAUACAUUAGAGUCAGUUUUCCUUCAAUGGUUAUUGUGUUACCAGGCAUCAUGUUAAGUACUUUAUAUGCAUUAUGAUGAAUCAUUUGCUGUUUUCUACUUUUUUAAAAUGAAAAUACUAUAAUUCAUUAAGAAACAGCAACAUUCCAGCUGUUGUAACUUGAAAAUGGCGUCGCCAUUAUGACUUUAUAUACCCUUUGUGUCUGCUGUUUAUAAUAAUAUUCUGAUUAAGUUUUGUCAAAUUUCCCAUGGUACUACUCACACUUAUGCAGUGAGUAUAAUCCUACACAAAUUUUGACACCUAGGUCAGGAACACUGUUUCAGGAGUGCAAAAUUCUAUUGGUUAAGUUCUUAAUUAUGUAGCUUACAAAAGAUGGAACCUCCAGUUACAGAUGCCCUGACUUUAAUGAGGAUAUUUAACCAUCAACCUAAAGAACCCUUUGUUGGAAGAAAAAAGUUCAUAAUAAAAAGUUUGUCAUCUCUGAUGACUUCAAUAAAAGAAAAAACUAGAACAUGAGAAAAAAAGAUUUCCUCAAAUAUAGAACUUAAGGGACCCAUGAUAAAUCAGAAGUAUUAUCUCCCAAAAUGUUCAUUAAGUAGCUAGAAACAGUUAUGAGGGAAAAAAUGAAUAAUGGAAAAACAUUAGUCUCAAGUUUCUCUGGUUCUUUAACUAGAAGAAUAAACCUAAACUGAAUCUAGAUGGGUUUCCAGUUGCAGUAUUUUUAGGUUACAAUCAUUGAGAUAGAAAACA